AUGUUGCCUUGGCGCAGGUUGUGCCUGCGGCGAGAGAUGGACCCGUCCUACCUUCUGACAACCGGACAAUCGUUUAGCUGGGCGUCAGUCGGUGACGACCUUUGGGUCGGCGUGAUAGACGACGCGGUGCUUGAGUUGCGGAAGGCGGGAGAGCAAGUUGAGUUUAGAGCGGUGUUCGGCAGCUGUGAAGAGAAACGCAUCCGCAGCUACUUCGAUCUGGACUACGAUUACACGUUAAACAGAGAGCUCGCUCCUGCCAGCGUGCUGCGCGUGGUGGAUCGGCGACCGGGCGUUCGAAUUUUGCAGCAGGACCCGCUGGAGACGCUCAUCAGCUUCAUAUGUUCCGCCAACAACAACAUCAAACGCAUAACUCAGCUGUGCUUCGCUCUACGCGAGAAGUACGGAACCUUUUUAGGCGCGAAAACGUAUUCUGAUACGCGCAUACGGUUCCAUGCAUUCCCCAACCUGAGUCAACUCUCCUUGGCGUCUCCAGAAGAGCUGCGUGGCCUAGGACUUGGAUACCGCGCUGACUAUGUCUUCAAGACGGUAACUGCCUUAUCUGAAGGCGGAAUUGAGAGCCUGCUGCGUUUGCGUGACUUGCCUACGGAGGAAGCGCGAGAAGAGCUGGUUAAAUAUCGCGGCGUCGGGAGGAAGGUGGCGGACUGUGUGCUGCUUUUUGGCAUCGGAAAGCGCGAUGUGGUACCGGUCGACGUGCACAUAAAACGUAUCGCAAAGACGUUAGUUCGCGCCGACCCUCGUUUAACUUUGGGCAGACACUUCGGCAUUAAGGAAGGCGGUGCGUCUAGCUACGAAGCAGCGCAGACGGCGUUCUCUUCUAUGUGA